AGAUAAUAAAGAAGUACAUAAAAUGGGAAGAAAAAACAUCGCGGUAGAAAGCGCGCAACGCUCGCAACGAGUUCGUUAUCACUCCGACGGCGGUGGAACGUUGCGCAGUACGAYGAUGGCGGCCGUAGCGUUGGGACUGCUUCAGGCGGCGGCGGUGGCGAUGACGGCGAUGGCGACUGCUUCCGGUGAGUUCCGGUUGACCGUCUUGCACACCAACGACGUGCACUCACACUACGACGAGACUUGCCUCGAUGACCAGGAUGACGGCGGCUCGUGCGGCGCGGCCGGCGGCUACGGCGGUUUCGCCAGGUUGCGCGCCGCGCUGGAUACCGAACGGGCCCGGGUGGCCGCGGAUGGCKCGCCGUCCGCCGUUAUCCACCUGUACGCCGGCGACACGUUCCAGGGAACGCGAUUCUAUGACAUGCUUCGAUGGCAGCCGGCCGCCGAUCUGGUCGGCCAUCUCGGCGUGGACGCCAUGUGCUUGGGAAACCACGAGUUUGAAGAUGGACCAGAAGGGUUGGCGCCGUUUCUUAAGUCCAAAAACAUAAGUUCUAUACCGAUUGUCGUGGCRAACAUCAACAUCGAAGGGGAACCAAGUUUAACGAACAUUCAGCCGUCCACGGUCCUGACGGUCGGAGGGCACACUGUAGGCGUGAUAGGUUACCUGACACCGGACACGGAAUUUACGAAUAAGCUGGGCAGGGUCCGGAUUACCGACGAAGUUCAAAGCGUCAGGACCGAAGUGGCCAAGUUGAAAAACGCUGGGGUGGAGUUCAUAAUAGCGCUGGGGCAUUCGGGUCUCGAAAUGGACAGACGAGUGGCCAGAGAAGUCGACGGCGUGGACGCAGUCGUCGGAGGACAUUCACAUUCGUAUCUGAUCAGCGGCCCUCCGCAGGAUGAYGAAAUUCCAGUUGGACCAUAUCCCGUGAUUGAAAAAAGAGGAGAACAAAUUGUGCCCGUGGUGCAAGCGUAUGCGUUCGCAAAAUACUUGGGGAAAUUGGUUUUGACUUUCAACGGUGAAAAACGUUUGGUCAGUGCCGUUGGUGGCCCAAUUUUUCUGGACAAAACCGUUCCUCAGGACGCAAAAAUGUUGGAUAAGGUCGAAUACUACAAACGGCUGUUGGCUGAAAAAUUUGUCAACCAAGCUGUCGGAAAAACGGUAGUAUUUUUGGAUGGCAACUGUAAGUGCGUGGAGACCAAUUUAGCCAAUUUGAUUGCCGAUUCAUUUAUACGGGCGAACUUGAACAACUUAUUGAAAAACAAUGUGACCCUAAGUGGUUGGACCGAUGCCGCUAUCGCAAUUACUGUGAGUAGUAGCAUUCAUAAUUCAAUAGAUUCCUCAAAAACACAAGGUGUUAUAUAUGAAGAUGACAUUAAGCGCACGUUACCAUACAAAACUCCUCUGUGCAAAGUGACCAUUACUGGAAUGACGCUGCUGAAAUCACUUGAGCAUAGUGCAUCCAUGUAUGAUUACAGAAACUGUUCAAACCCGGAAAAUAAAUUAUAUGGUGGUUUCAUGCACAUGUCAGGAAUGCAUGUCACUUAUGACAAGAAAAAUCGCGUUGGAUCGAGGGUGAAGUCUGUGACGAUACGGUGCUCAGAAUGUAAGUUGCCAUCAUACGAGCCGAUCAAACUAGAUAAAAAGUACACGUUAAUUAUGCCCAAGUACAUAGCAAGUGGCGGUGAACGCUAUGAAAUGAUCAAGGACGAACUCAUUAGCAUCAGCUGUUCAGAAAUCACAGAAACUGACGCCUUUUUAUCGUAUGUUAAAGAAACCAGUCCAAUUUACAGUGGAGUAGAUAACAGGAUCAAAAUAUUAAAUCAAUAAUGAAGAAAAUUGUAAUAUAUAUUAUAAUAUCAUAGGUAAUAAUAUUAUAUAUUUAUAUUCAUGUAGGUGAUGUAGUCAAUUUAUCAUGUCAACUUAACGCAAACUCACCAUCUUAGUUUUAUUUUUAUUUAAU